AUGCUCAAGUCUCGUCGAGAUGCCCCGCCCAUAUCCAACCCCAGGGCCGCGUCGCCAUUGCCCCCUCGCCGCUCGCACGACUCACGUCCAGAGUCCCCUCUGCCGUUUUUCGAUUCCGAAAGACGCAGAUCUAACUCGGACGGCACGGCACCCACUCCGCGACCUCCUCCUCGUCCCCUUGCUGUACACGUGCCCUCGCCUGUCCAGGAAAACACUACUGGCGCCGGAGGCUCAAUAUCAUCGUCAUCUGAUCAGCGAAUAAGGCCGACUCCGCCUCCACAACGCUCUGGUACCUCUAGUACCGGCACAUCCUCCCUUUUUGUUGCCCAUAGUAUCGGAAUGUCCCGUUCACAGGGCGGCACACCUCGAGAUCCAGCUUCUGGUUCGGUAUCUUCCUCCCCAAUGAAUGCUGCUCGAGCAUCUCCCGUCAAGGCCAGGGGUGCUUAUGACCCCAAGCUUCUCGUGCGCGAGAUGGACCGACUCGGUGCAGUACCCAGUGCAAAUACGUCCACUCUCUCGUUACCCUUGAGUAGCCAGCCGUUGUCAAGCAUAGCUGGAGGUGGUUCCAUGCUUAAUUCGACGACCUCGGAUACGGCACCGUAUCAGGAACUCCAUGUUCAUGUCCUGCCUCUUUUCAACUCGGAGAACCUGAGGCUGCCUAUAGAAGAACUGAACACGCUUGUCAAGCAGCAUAUCCAAGCAGUAAUAUCCAGAGCCCCUAGUCGCGCCCUUGCCGCACUCGAGCAAGACGUUAAGGAGUUGGCCAACAUGGGUAUGAUCACACUCAACGCGAAAUUACUGGGGCUGGAAGAGGAAACGCUGUUAACUAGAGUGGUGCAAAUAUGGGGGUUCUUCUGGGACCAAGUGCUCCCAUACCUUGAGGGAGUUUUCCUUCCCCUACAGACCGAAAAAAUACUUCAAAACCUUGCACGGAACCCAAAAACCGUUCGUCCUGGCUCGCCUGGAUCUCCGGUACAUGACCUUCCUGGUGUAGCCCCUCUUGUCGGAUGUACGACAAUCGACGUUCGCAAUGUAGUUUUGCAAUCAUUUCGAGAUUCGAUAAUAUGCCCUAUAUGGCAAAAACUCUAUGAUCAACUCGUAGCAAUGGGGAAAGAUCCGGAAGCCAGUGCCUCAUUAGGUGACAGGUCUGCUCGUCUCCAACAAAUGCUUCUUGUCCUUUCAUCGGCGUCGUCGAGAUCCAUCUUGCUAUCCCAGUCCUCGCAGAUAUCUCCAAUGAACCCGGGAGAAGAAGGAGUUACACAUCUUUUGCGAGCAAUCCUUCGCGUUCGCGCACUUUCAAAUUCGGGAGGCGCACAACCUCACCAACGCUUCGCGCCCCCUCCUGCGCUUGGGUUCGGUGGCCCUUCAGCUGGUACAGGUGCAGCCGGAAUGCUCUUUGGAGCAACGCCCCGAGACCGCCGUGGCAAGAUCGGACACAAAGAACCUGCCCAGCGUGACGGAAUGGUGUUUGCUGAUGACGGGGAUGCAGAUGUAUUCGCACCCUCACGGGACGAGAUCGAAACCAAGGAUCGCCAGAAGGAGCGGCAAUUCUUGGACUCCCUCAAGUCACCCGUGCCACAAAAUGAAGUUGGCGCGGGUCUCCAGAUAGUAAAAAACCAGCGCCAAGAGCGCUAG